AUGUACGGUACGUAUUCAUCCGGGUAAAUUGUUAUGUAAUGUGAUGAUUGUGUGAAAGAACUCGCUCUUCAAAAGUAAUAUUGUGUGGCUAAAAUGCACACCUUACGUUUCUUGCCAACUGGAGGACAUUUUCUUUUAUUUUAUCGUUUUCCUUCGUGUUGGAUAGGCGUCCCCGGACGUCGAAUUGAGUCGGUCACGUGCCGCCGUGCGGACCAAUGACGGCGCGACGUCGGCGCUCCGGUGCGCGUCACCGCUUUACGCUCUGGGAACCAAGACGGCUCCGUUUUCACUCUCUGGGCUUUUUCGAGGCGAGCCAGAAGCUUCGAUGUUGGACGCCGUGCUAUGACAUCGUCACUGCUGCUCCGUCCUCCUCGCUGCUGGCUCGACCCGUCGGUGAUGUUCCUGUACGACAACUGCGGCGGUUCUGAUGAAGUGAGCAAGAACAUGGAGGGUUUCGCGGGUGGUAACUUCGCGGCGAACCAGUGCAGGAAUCUGAUGGCGCACCCGGCCUCCCUGGCACCCAGCGCCGCCUACCCGUCCGGCGACGUGCCCGCCGCCGAGCCGGAGAAGCAGUGCAGCCCCUGCUCGGCCUCCCAGAAUGCAUCCAGCGCCUCCCUGCCUUACGCCUACUUCGGCAGCGGCUAUUACCCGUGCAGAAUGUCGCACCACGGCGGCAUCAAGUCGUGCGGGGCGCAGCCCCCCUCCGCGUAUGCGGACAAGUACAUGGACACGUCCGCCCCCGGGGACGACUUCGCCUCCCGGCCCAAGGAGUUCGCUUUCUACCCGAGCUAUUCGUCAGCCCCCUACCAGGCCGUGCCCGGCUACCUGGACGUGCCCGUGGUGCCCGGCAUCGGGGCGCCUUCGGAGGCCAGACACGAGCCGUUGCUGCCCGUGGAAAGCUACCAGCCGUGGAGCCUGGCGGCCAACGGAUGGAACGGUCAAGUUUACUGCGGCAAGGAGCAACAUCAGUCGGCGCACAUGUGGAAGUCCUCCUUGCCAGACGCGGUGCCCCUGCACGCGGGAGGCGACUCCGGCUCGUACAGGCGUGGGAGGAAGAAGCGCGUCCCGUACACCAAGAUGCAACUGAAGGAACUGGAGCGGGAAUACGCUGCCAGUAAAUUUAUCACCAAGGACAAACGCAGGAGGAUAUCUGCACAGACCAACCUGUCCGAACGCCAGGUUACCAUUUGGUUUCAGAACAGACGUGUCAAGGAGAAGAAGGUUGUCAACAAAAUGAAACCGAUCAGCUAGUUCCCCCUUUACCCCCACCCCCACCCCCCACCCUCCCCUCCACACACACACACACACACACACACACACACACUCACUCACUCUGGACUAGAUUGGAACAACAAUUACUUGUUGUUUUGACGAUUUCCUGGAACUUUUGCGGUGGGGUCGGGGGGAACAAACCAAAACACCUGCCACUUUGUUGUCCAAGGAGGAGAAAAAUGUAUCGAACUGCCAUAUUUGUGAGUCUUGGCUCACUCUCGCAGAAUGGUGCGCAGCGAGCUUCCACCUUUUUAUCUGCAACUUUUAACGAGUGGUAAGUGCAAAGAGCCACAGGAAAGGACGCGAUUUCGGAUUUGGACCUUGGGAUUGUUAAAUAUUAAUCUCCCUCAUGGCGUCUUUUUUUUUUUUUUUAAUCUUACUCACACGUUUAGCUUGUAGUGCUUGUUGGAAUGCGUGUCCUCGUUCAUAUCCAUCUCCGUGGUGCAAUUGUCGAAUGCUCAGAUAAUCUUGCGCGAUGUGUUGAUGUCGUGCAUAUUGCUUUUUAUAACGUUUGGCUUUUUAUGUGGUUGUAUAAAGUAAAUUCUAGCGUGAUGUCAGGGUUGUGUGUGUCCGUGCCAAUAAUGUAUUUGGUUGAAAUGCACCCAAUAUUAUUGAAAAGGCUCUUUAAUAUCUAGCAAAACAACCUUGGUUAUGAUUGGUUUUCGCCGUUUUUGUUGUCGUUUUUUGGGGGGUGUAAUUUUAAUGCAUUAUUUUUGUCUUCUGGUCAACAAUGACCCCGUAACUUCACCUUGAACGCGUCUUGUAUAUUCUUUUGGAAUUGCUUGCGUCGUAUUGAAAUGCUUGUGAGAUUGCUCAAUGGUUGAAACGUGGGCAGUAAACGUAGAUUCGAAAAGUCAACUGCAGAUUUGUGCAGAAAUAUAGAUGAACACUGCCAUCUAGCGACCAUUUUGUGACGAACAUGAUUGAAAUCGGUCGACGUCCUAACGUUUACAUUAGCUUAAAAGACAUCGAAUAGCUCAUCAUGCCAAUAAUAUUGCAUUGCAUUGUGUCAUCUGUUAAACUAUACAAAAGUAGUGAAAGUUUGCAAUGUCCAGUAAAACGUAGCCAUAAUAAUCGAGCCCGCAUGCAUUUCUCGAUUACUUACGGUAUACAAAAUAAUUAGCAAUGCAAUGGAAGUCCUACAGGAUUUCUUUUCAUUUGUAUUCUUAUUGUACUGCACCCAAGUCAAAUGAGUUAAUUGUCGUGACACUUGAUGUUGGUCACGUUCGUGUCAUUUUCAGCAACAUUUCGCGCACGAAAGCAAUGAAAUUGUCAGUUUUCGGGGAACGGUCUAAAAAUGUGCUUUUGGUGUCCAAAAUGUUUACUAUUAUUAGCGUGUAUACACUGAUGGUAGAUUUUGUUUUGUGCUGAUUCUUACGCACUAUAUGCUUAAUUUCCACUGUACGAUUGUAUCCACGCCUUCUCGAAAUACGUUUUCAAACUAAUUUAUAUCGUCGAUGGUGUUUCUGCUGCAAGAUUGUGUGAUGUGAUCAAAAAGUAAAAUACAAGUCGCAUGUAAGAUCCAUGUUGGACAUUUAAAAUGGA